AAAAAUAAUUAAUUUAAAGGAAAUUAAUUAAUUGCAUAAAUAUUCAAUAAACAGUUUAAAAGUGAUAUUUUAUAUAAAAGAAAAAUGGCAGAAAGGAUGAACAACAACACAGGAAAUAAAGGAAAUAACAAUAAUAAUAGCAAUACAAAUAGCAAUUAUGUUUAAAAUAAUAAUAAUAACAAAGAUGGAAAAUUUAACAGAUGGCAAGGAUAAUCUCAAGGAAAUAGCUAUAAUGAUAACAAAGAUUACACUCCAAAAGAAAAUAUUCCAAAAUAGCCUUACUAAUUGAGAAAUAAAUUUCAUUUAUCUUUCAUGAAUCCAAAUGAUAACAUUACCAAUUUAAACUACGAAAAAUCCAUUAUUCCUAUUGGAGAUAUUGAAACCAUAGAAGAUUAUUUUAAUUAUUAUUGUCAUAUUUAUAGACCAUAAGAUUUGUAAUCUGGAUCUUUUUAUCUUUUUCUAAAAGAUAUCUAACCAAUGUGGGAAGACUAAGCUAAUAAAGGUGGUGGUAGGUUCAACAUAAGAAUGAAAAAAGGAUUUGUAAAUAAGAUAUGGGAAGAUUUAAUUAUGGGUUUUUUAGGCGAGACUUGUGAAGAAAAAGAUUUACUUAAUGGAUUUGUUUUAUAAAUCAAGCAAGAAUAGGAUAUUAUAUAGCUGUGGAUAAAAGAUUCUUCAAAAUCAAAGCCUUCUGCUAAAUCAAAAAUAUAAACAUGGAUUGCUGAAACUAUUGGAUACGAUCCAGCUUUAGCCUCAUAAACUUUUAUUUACUAACCUCAUUAAAAGGAAACAAAAUCUCAUGCUGCCCAUAAAUCAUCAGCAAAUCCUGUUAGAAAAUCUUGA